CUUUUAUUCAUUUCAGGAUUUUAAUAUUCCGGAUUUAUCAUACUCAUUUUGAGUUUUAUAAUUAAUCGGGGUUUUUUGAGCGUUUUAGACGUGUUACUCCAAAUUUCCUCCAACCAGCCGGUAGACAUAAUAAACGGAAUGGCAUCUGCAUCUGUGCUGCAGCGUUUGACACAGCGCGCUAAACAGGCAGAAUCUAUGAUAGCUGCCUUGAAGCAGCAAAUUGAAAACAUCAGACAGAAUGCAGCCAUCUCUGUAUCUAAACCUGAGGAAGGGAGAUUAAAGUCAGAAAAUCAGAAGUUAAGAGCUGAGGUGGAAACAUUGAAAUCUCAACUGAUUUUGGCUGAAAUAAGGAAUGGAGUAAAACAAGUUAACCUACCUACAAAUAGGAGUGUUGUCAAGGCAGAACCCCCCAAAAAAGAAUCGGCAGCUCCCCCAGAGGUCAAACCAGGGGUCAAACAGGCACCUGCUGCUGGUGACAAACCAGCUCAGAAAUCUGAGAAACCCGACAAAAAGGAGAAGAAAGAUAAAAAGAAACCUGCAGCUGAAGGGGAGCCAAAAGCCAAGAAAGGUAAGAAUGAGCCUGUGGGUGAGGAGAAGCUAGACGUGUCCCGCCUGGACUUCAGGGUGGGGCAGAUAGUGGACGUGAAGAAGCACCCCGACGCUGACACCCUGUAUGUGGAGGAGGUGAACCUUGGGGAGGGGAGGAACCGCACAGUGGUGUCUGGCCUGGUUAAUCACAUACCUAUAGAGCAGAUGCAAAACAAGAUAGCAGUAUUCAUGUGUAAUUUGAAACCAGCCAAAAUGAGGGGGAUCCUUUCGGAAGCUAUGAUCAUGUGUGCUAGUACCCCCGAGAAAGUGGAGAUUCUGAAUGUGCCUGCAGGUUCUGUGAUAGGGGACCGGGUCACCUGCAAAGCUUAUCCAGGAAAUCCUGAUGCUCAGCUGAACCCCAAGAAAAAAGUGUGGGAAACCCUGGCACCUGACCUGAAGGUCAACAAAGAAAAGGUGGCCGAGUUCAGAGGGGAACCGUUACAGAUCGAGGGCAAGGGUGUGCUGACAUCGACUACUCUGAGUGGCGUAAAAAUUAAAUGACUUCUACAUCUAGCUAUGAUAUAAUCAUUGUCAGUCUUUAAGUCAGAAACAUCUCUGAUAAUUUAUGACAAUUUUGAGAGGAUCAUGCGCAAUCAGAAAUACACACAAUAAAUGUUCUGAGUUUUGAAA